UUUUGACAGAUGUCUCUGAAGCCACGCCUAAUGUCCUGAUGCUGGUGUUGUAUUGGUAGGUCGUAUAGUGCCAACGACCGCAUUGGCUGUUUUCUUUUCUUUUCUUUUUUUCUUUUUCUUUUCUUUUUUUUUUUCAUAAGGGUCCCAAACUACACCGAGAUUUGGAAUAUUGCGUUACAGUCCAGUAGGAAAAUGGCGACUGUCAUUCAUAAUCCUCUAAAAUCGCUAGGUGACCAGUUCUACAGGGAGGCUAUCGAACAUUGUCGCAGCUACAAUGCUCGUCUCUGUGCCGAACGCAGCGUGCGUAUGCCCUUCCUGGACUCGCAAACUGGUGUGGCACAAAACAACUGCUACAUCUGGAUGGAAAAGUGCCACCGCCAGCCAGGUCAGGCAGCAGGACAGAUGUAUACCUACCCUGCUCGCUGCUGGAGAAAGAAGAGGCGGCUCCACCCACCCCUGGAUCCCCAGCUUCGCCUGUGUGAGCUUCGACUAGAAGCCGAGCUGGCCCCGAAGCGUGAGGUUCCCCCAGGAGAGGCCACAGCCUUAGAGGCCCUCCUGAGGGGGGACGGCCUGCUGGAGAAAAAAAACAGCCUGUGCAAGGAAGAGGAAACUUUGCUGGAAAUACAGAGAGUUCUGGAGGCGGAGGAAAAUGGGGAUGGUUUCCAUGAUGAUGAAGACUUUGAACUGGAUACUCCAAAGAGAAAGAACAGAAACAGAGGCAAAAACAGAGGAUCCAGUCGGAGAAGGACAGAGCCCAUUAGCAUGGAUGACCAGGACAAACCUUACGUCUGUGACAAUAGAUACAAACAAAAGCAUAACUCAAAAAAGGCUGAAGAAGUCUGUGGAAAGCGCUACAAGAACCGACCUGGCCUGAGCUACCACUACACCCACACUCACCUGGCAGAGGAGGAGGGUGAGGAGGAAAAGGAAACAGAGAUGGCCCCCUCUCCUCCACGUUCCUCAGACAACCACAAACCUCAGAAGGGCCCAGAUGGUGUCAUCAUCCCCAACGACUAUUGUGACUUCUGCUUGGGAGAUCAGGACUCCAACAGGAAGACGGGCCAGGCCGAGGAGCUGGUGUCCUGCUCCGACUGUGGACGCUCCGGUCACCCCACAUGUCUGCAGUUCACUGACAACAUGAUGCAGGCAGUCAGGACGUACCAGUGGCAGUGCAUAGAGUGCAAGUCUUGCAGCAUCUGCGGCACCUCGGAGAAUGACGACCAGCUGCUGUUCUGCGAUGACUGCGACAGAGGAUACCACAUGUACUGCCUGAAGCCUCCCAUGACCCAGCCUCCAGAAGGGAGCUGGAGCUGUCACUUGUGUCUGGACCUGUUAAAGGACAAAGCCUCAGCCUAUGGAGAAGCGUAACUCCCUGGACAUCCUUCUCAACACACACACUGACACUAUAUAUAUAUAUAUAUAUUUGUACCCACACAUUUAGCAAAAACUUUCUCUCAGACAAAAUCAUACACACACAUACACACUCCAGUGCAUUAGCAGGCUCAGGGCAGUUUCCUGUGUGAGGCGCAGAGAUCCUCGAGCUCUCACACAGCCCAGCAACGCUUCGGAUGCAAACAACAUGCAGUCUCCAACAUACGUCAGCUAACGGCAGGUCUGCCAUUCAGUCAUUUCUCUACCUCACCACUGAGCAGAUGGCAAGAAGCCAAAGCAAGAUAACGGCCAAUGCUGUGUAGUACAUGUGCACAUGAAAUACAUUCUCAUUUUAAACCAAGCAUCUGAAAUCCCUGGAUGUUUCCCUUCCAUUUAAAUAUAUUUGUGCAGAGGUUUGUUCGAGAGUUUGUGCUGAAGCUGUCUCACUUGCUCCCCGUUGCUGUUCAGGCUCUACAGUUGGGGAACCUGAGUGGGUCUGACUAAUGUUUGUUUAAAUUUCUCUUUCCAGCUCUACUCCUCUUCUCUGUUUAGACUUUACAGCGACAUUCCUAUUUUACAUCUGGACAGGCUCAGUGUUAGUUAUGCCAUCUUUCACAGGUUUUGUCAAGCUUGGAGAAAUUUAUAUCUAGUGCUAAGAGGAAAUGGGGCAAUAAAACAACCUGGACUAUCAUUGCAGUUGGAGCAUGGUGACAUUUUUAAUCCCAAUCUGUUUUUUGUAUCCUUGCAGUUACUAGGAUACCAUGGUGCUCAAUUUGACACUUUAUGAAAAUUAAAACAUUUUUUUACACAGAAUGAAACUCUUAUUUAUUUAUUGUUGAUAAUGGUCCAAUGUUACUGUCAAGGAGAUGAUUGUUACUGUAAAUCAGUGGUUCCCCAACCCAAAUAAAAAUUCAUGCACUAUCAACUUACCCCCAUGCAGAUGGAAAAUUGGGUGGAGCUUCUUAGUCCACAAAGCAGCUUGUGCACCCAUUGCAAGCGGGGGGAGAGAGAAGAAAAUUUCUGCUUAGAAAGGAUGUAAAUAAUAUCUUGUUUAGGAGACUGCUGCCACACUGUUUUGCUGCCAAGAUCCAAAAUUUUUUUUGUGGACUUAAAAACUAAAUCUGCUCACCUCAUAUGGAGGUGAGUAGAUAGUGACUUUUUUUUUGUCUCAACUGUUCAACUCCAGAUUACAGUUGCAUGUGGUAGCCAAGCAUACUAACAUUUAAAGUUUAUAUUAUAGCUGAUUAACACGCAGUUUAUUCUAGCGUUUGGCUGCUGUGUCUUUGGUUUUACAAAGUUUACAAAAACAUGCUUCAGCAUGUAGACAAAAUCCAAAAGUUGACAGUGUAAAGAGUGUGCUAACAGUUGCUAAGGCAUGGUUGGACAUUUCAAAAAUAAUCUGCUGUGAUAAAGGUUUAUUCACCUAUUGUUUCGGGACUUUUUUUUUCACUCAACGUUUUGCUUAACGUGUUCCCCCUGUAGUACCACCCCACAGUUUGGGAACCACUGAAACUAACCAGUACUGUGUGUGUAUUAUUAAGCUUUCACUUGUGGUGAAUCAUAUAUGUGUCCUGAGGAAGCAGUAUUUACUGGUGAGUCCUGUCUUGAAGUUGGCACAAUUUUUUACGCAUUUAUAACCAGAAUAUGUUUUGGACCUCAAGCGUGUAAUUUUCCCAUGUGACUGAGACUGUUGAAUUAAAUUGGUUUCACUUAAAGUAGCAUAUUAAAAUCUCUGAAGCCCCAUCAGUGUAAUUUGAUGGGGUCGGAUUGAUGUUGUUGUCAAGAGCAAAAUUUGGUAGCAUACACCUGCUGCUCUCUAAAAACACAGCUGAUCAUAAAUAGGAAGAAAUACCAAGAAUAAGCUCCAACCUGUAAAACAAAAUCCUUUAAAGUACACGUAUUGUGCAAGCCUUGACAGGAUAUCACAAUCUGCAUUUAUGUGUGUGUGUGUGUUUUGUUUUUUGUUUUUCAUUUGUUUUUGUUUUUUUUUUAUUGUGAGUUGAUAUUGCUGUUUCCACAGACAAUCAUGAGCUAGCAUAGAUAUGAUACAUGAUGUUAAUAAUAUGCAGAGGGUUUCAUUGUGCUGUUACAUGGCAGGUGUAAGGAUCCUUUUUGUCUUCCUUUGAAAAAUGUCUUGGAUGUCAUUCUUAUUUGAUGCCAUCACCAACAGUGAUUAAUAAUGUGUGUUGUAUUUUGUAAAAGUAAGUGUUAUGUUUUGUGUCGAAAUAAAGAUUUUUCCA